AUGCCAUCACAGCAGACCAAACGGCCCCUUCGCAUCCUCGGAUCGUCUGGAUCCGCCCAGGACCGCAGACGACUCCUUGCCGCAGCUGUGAGAAACCAUAAGAAUGACCCGUUUGAUGUUCUUGUUGGAGACUGGAUGUCCGAAGCCAACAUGACCUUCAACGCUACAAAGCAUCACAAAGGACAAGGAGUCGCCUACGAGAAAACCUUCAUUUCAGCCCUCGAAGAUGUGCUCCCCGAGAUCGUUGAGCAUGGCAUCAAGAUUGCGGCGAACGCCGGGUCAUCGGAUACAAAGGGACUUUAUGAUGCCCUACUUGCCCUUGUGAAAGAGAAGAAUGUAUCUCUGAACAUUGCCUGGGUCGAAGGCGACCAGGUACUACCGGCUGUACUGAAAGCCGAAGCGGAGAAGGCCUUUGAUUUCCGCCAUCUCUGCACAAACCAACCUCUGAGCGAAUGGAAACGUGAAGCAAUCUCCGCUCAGGCGUAUCUGGGCGGGCUCGGAAUCGCCGAAGCCUUUACGCAAGGAGCCGAUAUUGUUGUUUGCGGUCGAGUCUCAGAUGCAUCUCCCGUGAUUGGAUCCGCGUUGUGGUGGCACAGCUGGGACCGGGAGGACUAUGAUCAACUUGCCAACUCGCUUGUGGCCGGACACCUCAUUGAAUGUUCCUCCUAUGUUACUGGCGGCAAUUUUACCGGAUUCAAGGACCUAGAGCAUCAUGGCUGGCAAAAUCUUGGACUGCCCAUUGCCGAAAUUGAUCAUUCUGGCCAGGUCAUUGUCACCAAAACUCGCGGAAGUAACGGCUUGGUUUCGAUCAAUACCUGCAAGUCGCAACUACUGUAUGAGAUCCAAGGUCCGCGCUACUACAACUCUGAUGUCACAGCGUAUCUGGAGGGAGUGAAAUUUGAAGAAAUUGGGCCUGACCGUGUACUUCUCUCCGGAAUACGCGGUGGCCCACCCCCAGCCACAACGAAAGUCGGAAUCACAGCCAAGGAAGCGUAUCACGCCGAGUUGGUAUUCUGGUUGGUGGGACUCGAUAUCGAAGCUAAAGCGAGGAUGCUAGAGGCACAGAUUCGGGAGGAACUGGGUCACAGGGUGAAGAACCUGAGCUUGCUUGAAUUUGCUCUGAAUGGCGUGGCAGCGGAAGACGCUCAAGAUCAAGCAUCUGCCACUGUGGGUUUCCGCGUCGUUGCUCAGGCGUCCGAAAAGGACUAUCUCGCGUCUGCUAAUUUCUUGGAACCCAUUCUGGAGACUACCAUGGAGCUGUACCCUGGUGGGACAUUCCAUAUGGAUGUGAGGACUGCUCUCCCCAGGGAGAUUCAUGAGUAUUUCGUGACAAAAUUCCCUCAAUCACUUGUCAAUCAUCGUAUCCAUCUCCAUGAUGGACGAACAAUUGAAAUUGCACCGCCAUCAACGGUUGAGAGCAAAAUUGCAGUUUCGACACAGAAGUCUGCUCAUGUCGAUGUCGGCAGCUUUGGUUCGACGACCCGAGGACCCUUAGGCUGGAUAGUCCAUUCUCGCUCCGGAGACAAAGGCUCCAAUGCAAACGUCGGAUUCUAUAUUCGCCAUGAUGAUGAAUACGAAUGGCUCCGCGCGCUUCUAACGGUCGAAAAGAUCCAGCAACUUCUAGCAAAGGAAUACAAGGGUGGAAGAAUCGAGCGAUUUGAGUUGCUUAACAUUGGAGCCGUGCACUUCUUGCUUUAUGAUCAUCUUGACCGUGGAGUUAGCUGUACUAAGACGCUCGACUUCCUCGGGAAGAAUGUUGGUGAGUAUUUGAGAUCCAAGUUUGUUGAUAUUCCAGUCGCCUUCUUGGAGCGUGGGAAGAUCUGA